UGUUUGACGUUCAUUCGGUUGUCAAACCUCGUUCGUAGUGUGUGGCUUUUUGUCUGUCAGCUCCGAGAGUUCCUGUUCCAUAAUAUUCUUGCUUUUUUGCUCGAGUUUAAAAAUCAAAUUUUUAAAUAAAAUCUAAAAUAAUGGCCGUCUGGGAAGGAAAGAAAUACAAAUUGGAAAACAGCGAAAACUUCGAUGAAUACAUGAAGGAACUUGGUGUUGGCAUGGUCUACCGCAAGAUGGGUAACAGUGUCUCACCAACUGUUGAAUUGAAAAAGGACGGUGACAAAUACACCUUCACCACAACCUCGACCUUCAAGACAUCAACAUUCUCCUUUACUUUGGGAGAGGAUUUCGAUUAUGAAACUCUCGACGGUCGCAAGGUUACCAGCGUUGUUACAUUAGAUGGCAACACCCUUACCCAACAAGAAAAGGGUGACAAGCCAACAACCAUCAUUCGUGAAUUCUCACCAGAUAGUUUGGUUGCAACCAUGACCAUUGGAGAUAUUAAGUGUGUCCGAACAUACAAAGCUGUUUAAAUUAUCAACAGAUUAUCAAAGACCGUCCAUCAUUGUUGAUACUAUCGACAUCAAAAUCAUCAACAACAACUACAGCUAAAUAAAUUGGACUAAAUGAAAAUAUUAAAACAACAUUAAAAAGUAGUUAACACUUUAACUAACAUCACUAAGCGUAGAUCGUUAUUUUCGUUUAUAUAAUUAAAAUAAUUAUUAUAUUAUUUACUAUAUAAAAUAUUUUCUAAAAAAAAAAGAAAAACAAAAAAUGUAAAUUGACUGAAAAACAAAAACAAACAUUUAAAUAAAUUAUUUAAAGCAAAACGGCAAGCAAAAAGACUAACACAAAAUAAACAACAAGAAGAAUGUCAUGUGUUCAAUAAGAAAAAAAAGUAAUUUACUAUAUUAAAUAUUUCAACUUUUGUUUUUGGUUUAAAUAAUACUUUGUAAAAAUUCCUAAAUUAUGUUAGAUUGUUCACUUGAUAUAAAAGGUUCAACAAAACUAUGUUCAAUUGCACAAAUAAAAUAUUUAAACUUUAGAACUCGACCAUAAUAACUCUGAAGUAUUUAAAUGAACACAAAUUAAAACGAACAAGAGAAAGAAAAACAAAAAAAAAUGUUUAAACAAAUGCAUUUAUAGAUAGUGAAAAUGAAAAACAGAAAUGUUAAACACCUAAUUAAAACAUAAAACAAAGACAAAGUGAAGAAAAUGUUUUUUUUUAUUUUUUGCUAUGUGAAAUAGUUUAGUGUAGUGAAUGAUGAAAAUUGAAUAAAAAGCAAAUACUCUGAAUGAAA